CGAUGCGUGUCUAGUCUUGUCCGUGCCCUAGCACCUCCACCCGCGGCCCUGUCCCCUCGAAGGAAGAAAAUUCCCCACCUCUGAUAUCUCCGCCGCUCCCACCGCCUCGUUCGCCGCCGCCGCCGGCCGGAGAUCUACGCCCGCGAGGGCUCCUCUCUGCCGUUGCCUGUGCGGUUUAUCAUUGUUUAGGUUGCAAAAUGGCGACUGAAGUUGCUUCUCAGGUUUCUGGUGGUUCCGAGACAACAACAAUGUCGUUGCUAGAACAUCUUGCUGAAGUAUUUGGGAAGCUGAAAUUCCAUACCGAAGCAUCCCUACAAUUGCAAAGUGGCAUUCAGUGGGAAGAUGUCGAAGCACAUUUCACAAACCUCGAGAAGUCAUACCGAAGCAAGUGUCAUGAGCUGGAAGAAAAGCAGAAGACAUUAGAAGAAAAGAAAGCUGAAGAUCGUAGGCUUAUUGCUGAGAAAGAGGCUAAUCUUUCUGCAAAAGAGCGUGCUUCUGUUAACCAGCUUCAAGAGCUAAGGGAUGCCGCUGUCUCUGCCCUAGCAGAGGUGCGCCAAAAAUACAAGAUCGAUCUUGCUGAGAUACUUGAUGCCAAUGGAAGCAAAGAGAAAAAGGUAAUAACCUCAACCAAUGACACCAAGGCAUCCCGUGCUUCAGAGGAGCACAUCCCUUCUAAUGGGUUUGGAGAGCCAUCUGAACCUUCACCUGCUGAGGUUAAGGCACGCCCUGCACUGAAGCAACUCUGUGAGCAGAUGGACACAAAUGGCCUUCUGAAAUAUCUUUCAGAUAACUGGAAAAAACUUGCUGGCCUUCGUGAUGAACUUUCUGUUGCACUAAAAUGUGCAACUGACCCUGCGCGCUUCGUGCUUGAUUCCUUGGAGGGUUUCUUCCCAGACCAACGGCCUGGGGAUAAACUUCACUCUAUUCAGGGGCAGCGCAGAAGCUGUAUUGUAUUGAUGGAAGCUAUAGCACAUUCACUAGGAACAAAGGAGCCGGGUGGCAACCACCCUUGGAGCUCUGAAAUUAUGGAGCGAUCCAAGGCAAUUGCCGAAGAGUGGAGGAGUAAGUUAGCUGAGGUUGACCUUGAUGCUUCUGAUGGGUACUCAUUAGAAGCACAGGCAUUCCUGCAGCUUCUUACAACUUUUAAUGUUGAUUUGAUACUUGACGAAGAUGAGCUAUGCAAGAUCGUAGUUGCCGUCUCUCGUCGCAAGCAGACUGCUGAGCUUUGUCGCUCUCUUGGUCUGACUGAGAGAAUACCAGGUAUUAUUGAGGAGUUGAUUAAGAGACACAGGCAAAUUGAUGCAGUUCAAUUCAUACAAGCUUUUGGGCUUUCUGAGAACUUUCCACCUGCACCUCUUUUGAAGACAUAUGUAGAUGAGCUAAAGGACUCCAUUAACAAUAAUGGGGAUGCGAAUGCGACUUCUUCAACGGAUGACUUGAAGACUCGGGAGCUACUUGCAUUGAGGGCUAUAAUCAAGUGUGUUGAAGAGUAUAAGCUUCAGAAGGACUGUCCACUUGGACCUCUCCAAAAGCGUAUCGCGGGUCUAAAGUCUAAGGGUGAGAAGAGGCCUUCAGCUGACACUGGUCGCACUAAUGCAAAGAAGCCUCGGGUCUCUGGUAUUUCAGCUCCCCGCAGGCUGAAUAAUUCCAUUGGAUCAGCUCCUCGCAGACCUGCAGUUCCAGUUGGUGCAUGGCAGCGCGCUCCUCCACCAAUGCCUGCCUACCCUGAAAGAGUAUAUGGAGUCACUGCCGACAGAUACCGCUACACGCCACCUGCCAGAACAUAUGAUGCCGCUCCCUAUGCUGCUUAUGGUGAACAAUACGGUGCCUCAAAACCGUACCAGUACACCCCAGGAUCAGUAGCUGCUGCAUCGUACAACUCAGCUCAAUACAAAGUCGCGUAUGGCGGCCCCGGUGCCCUGCCAACUGCAGCCGGCUAUGCAGCAUACACUGGCGCAGCGGGGCAGCCGGCGUCGUCGAGCAGCUACCUGAGCUACGCCGGACUCGGAUCGGGUUAUCGCCCUUCACAACAACCAUAGAUUUAGCUUGAAUUCUGCUACGCCUGUGCUGCCAUGCAGUGUGACUGUCUGGCUUCCGACUGGCAUUCCCCUGAAAUCAAACCCAGAUGUAAUCCCGGGCUCCAGGCUGUUGUUCACCCAUAGAUUCUGUAGCUGUAAUCUGGUUUAUUUUUCAUCGCCUGUGUGAGGCGCCGCUCAAAUCAUAAACAGAGUUUUGUAGUGCUACAUGUAAAUCUGACUAAUCUACAUUGGUUCUUGCCGGGCUUGUACCUUCUCGUUCCGCAAGUAGUGUUGACAUGUUUACCUUC